AUGGCAAAACUUGUCGCGGCUUUGUGUCCAGAUAAUCAUGCGUCCUCGAACUAUGGCACCGGUACAACGAAUGAGGAGUCGAGGCCACUUACGAGAUCCUACAGCCUGAUUGUUCCUGCCUGCGACCUAGACACAAUUCUUCUUUGGGAGGCCUCUCCGAAUGAUCUGAAUUUCUCCAUCGAAAAGCUUCAUCAACGGGCCCAUCCCUCUGUUAUCAAGUCCUUCAAACGAAGUAUGCCAAAUCAGUACUUCUCAUCCGUCACAAGGUUACACGAGGGCGACGAUCACGGGACCAGGGCAAAGUCCCUCACCGAUUUGUAUUUAAAGACGUCUUUGGUCAACGAGGCCUUGAGUAAAACCAAGGACCUUUGA